AUGGAGCUGUUUCCACAGCAGCAGCCUGAAGAGGAUGAACCCAGUGAGAUCCGCAGGGUGGGUCUGGUGGUGGUGCAGGACAGUAAGGUGGUGGGACUCCACUGCUCAGGACCUGAGCUCCAUGCAGGACAGGCAGCCAUCAUCCAGCAUGGCGCCUCCCUGGCUGACUGCCACCUGUAUUUCUCCAGGAGACCCUGCGCCACCUGCCUCAAGAUGAUCAUCAACGCUGGAGUCAGUCAGAUCUCCUUCUGGCCCGGAGACCCUGAAGUCAGCAUGCUGAGGUCCAGCUCUGCAAACACCUCCAGCUCCCAGAAUCCUCCUCGCAGCAUCCCUGAGGAGGCGGCGCUGGAUGCCGUCGCAGCGGAGAAGCUGAAGUCCAACAGCCGUCCUCACAUCUGCGUCCUGCUGCAGCCUCCAGCGCCCGGCCUGGCCCAGUUUGUCUACGAGACGUCCAGAGACUGUGAUUUCAUGGAGAGGAUGAAGGACGAUGAUCCGGGGCUGAACACAGAGGAACUCUUCAACAGCGAGCGGACGAGACACCUGAAGGAUUUCUCCUCUCAGCUCCUGGUGAGGACGUCCCUGCAGCACCGGGAGAUUUUAACCCACAUGGGGCUGGAGGACUUCUGCGUGGAGCCUCACUUCUCCAACCUGAGGAGCAACAUGACGGAGCUGGUGGAGGUGUUAGCUGCAGUGGCUGCCGGGCUGCCACAGCAACACUACGGCUUCUACAGAGAACAGCAUUUAGCCCCUGGGCCAUCAGUAGCCUCGCUGCAGACUCCUCACGAGGGACUGUCUCAAGAAGUGGUGCGCCAUUGUAUCAUCCAGGCCAGGCUGCUGGCUUAUAGAACAGAGGAUCCUAAAGUGGGUGUUGGAGCUGUCAUCUGGGCCAAAGGAGCAUCGGCUGGCAGUGAUGGGACUGGGUGUCUGUACCUGGUGGGUUGCGGGUACAACGCCUACCCAGCAGGCUCACAGUAUGCAGAAUACCCCCAGAUGGACAACAAGCAGAAGGACAGACAGAGACGCAAGUACAGAUACAUCGUCCACGCCGAGCAGAACGCACUCACCUUCAGGACCCGACACAUCAAACCAGAGGAGCACACCAUGCUGUUUGUCACUAAGUGUCCGUGUGAUGAGUGUGUGCCUCUGAUCCGAGGAGCCGGCAUCACACACAUCUACACCAGCGACCAGGACAGGGACAAGGACAAGGGAGAGAUCUCCUACCUGACGUUCAGCAGCCUGAAGAACAUCAGCAAGUUCAUAUGGCAGAGGAGCCCUUCAGCCUCUUCUCACCACACCAACGGUUUCGGGGCGAAGCACGGCAGGCCGGAGGAGCAGGAGAGCCACAGCAACAAGAAGCUGUGCACCCACAGAUCCAACAUGUCACCCGUCAGCUGA